GUCCAAGAAAGGUCGCUGGGACGACAAUGGUGCCGCUGGGCUUCUCGUUCAGACCGAGUGAUGAGGAUCUCCUCGUCACCUACCUCAAGGAAAAGCUUUUCCAACGCCCUCUUCCCUGCGACAUUAUCGUGGAGGCUGACGUCUAUGGAAACCACCCCAAGGACUUAGCUUGGCAGAAUAUCAUGGCAAACAGGGAAUUUGAGUGGUUCUUCUUCACUUCUACCACUCGGAAGCAUCCUGGUGCAAGCGAAACCAGCCGCGCAUCUCGGCGCGCCGGCCUGGGAAGAUGGAAGGCCACCAAAGGUGUCAAGACGGUCCUGGAUUCCGAGAAUAACGCCAUCGGGUCAAAGCAGAGUUUCUGUUACAUGGAACAGAACCCAGCAUGCAUGAUGGUCCCACCUGGAUUUAUUUUCCAGCCAACUGAUGAGGAGCUCUUGGAUUUCUUUCUCAAGGAGAAGCUCCUCCAUCAGCCGCUUCAAUGCGACAUAAUCAAAGAAGCUGAUGUCUAUGGAAACCACCCCAGCAACGUUACAAUUCAAUUUGCCAUGGCAAAUAGAAACUUUGAGUGGUUCUUCUUCACCUGGACCACUCGGAAGCAUCCAGAUGCAAAACAGAGCAAGAGGGCAUGUCGGGUUGCAGGCCAAGGUCGGUGGAAAUCUAAUCAAUCUGUGAAGCCAGUGCUCAAUGAGGAGGGCCAGGUCAUUGGCUCCAGGCAAAACUUCAGCUAUAUGGAACGGACCCCCUCGGGCAAGGAGGAGAAAAGCAUCUGGCUGAUGGAAGAGUACUCCAUCCAGAAUCUUAGAAAAGGUGGUGAUGCAGCUAUGCCGAUGGACCAAAACAGGCUGGAUGAUUGGGUCAUUUGCAAGAUUUACCUGACGCCAUGCGCUCGCAAACAAUUGUCUGUGCCUGCAAUGGAAAGCAAAAAUUUGGAGAUGCCGGAAAUAGAGAAUCAACCUUUAAUGCUCCCAUGGCAGGAUUGCCUGAUUUCUCAGCUACCUAGCGAUACCCUCCCUCAGCUCAAUGAUGCAUUGGACCGAGAGGUGGAGUCUUGUCCUUGUAUGUUGCCUGAUAGCUCGCUGCAGCAUCCGACUCCUGAUGACAUAAUUGAAUCACUACCCAUGGACGAGUUCCUUCAACAAACUGCUCAUGCACCUGACACCCUCCCGCAGCUCACUGAUGCAUUGGACCAAGAGGCGGAGUCUUGUGCCGGUGUGUUGCAUGACAGCUCGCUGCAGUCUCCGACUUUUGAUGAGAUUGAUGAGUUCCUUGAAUCACUACCCAUUGAUGAGUUCCUUGAAUCACUACCCAUUGAUGAGUUCCUUCAACAAAUUGCUCAUGCACUUGAUGAAAGCCCUGGCAUUGAUCAGCAUGACAAAAAAUGCCUUCCUCCUCCUCAGUUGCUUGAUUAGAAGCUGCAGGCAACACCACCCAGCUCUACAUAGGCUGGUGAUUUCUUUUGUUUUGAGAUUUAUUUAUGACAUUUGUGAGUAUUAGUAUAGUGGACACAAUGGAAGAUGAAAAUAUGAACUAUGUAUGUUGAGUUUCGCAGAGAGAAAUAAAAAAUUAUUGCUUGGCAACAAACA